AAAUAUUGAUUGCUUUAGCUUAGUCUAUACCGUUUAUUGACGAGUCCACAUACUUUUAAAUAAAAAUGCUUGCACUAAAGUCACUUUGGACCGCUUUAUCGCUGUUUUAUGUAGUUGAAUCAUGUACAGAAUUUUUUAUAAAAACCAAAGAUAAAAACGUGCUUGUCGGACGUACUAUGGAAUUCGCGACUGAUUUAAAAUCUAAAGUUGUACUUAAGGCAAUAGGCACACAAGAGAAAAGUUCUUUGCCUCCUUCCUGUGGUCAAGCCUCUCCUUUGGAAUGGAGUUACAAAUAUAAUGUACUUUGCCUGAAUGCACUAAAGCAACCUGUAUGCACAGAUGGUGUUAACAGUGCAGGUUUAUCAGUUGGUGUACUGUAUCUGCCACAAUACACAGUGUAUGAUAAUGUUACACAACACGCUUGCUCUGACAUCUUGUCUAAUAUUCAAACUGCGAAUUUUAUCUUGGCAACAUACAAUUCCACCCAACAGCUUCGAAAUGACAUCAAUGGUAACAUUUUUCCAAAGGUCUUUGAUAUGGAGUUUCUUGGUGCGUAUUAUCCACUUCACUACACUGUAACAGAUUCUAGUGGAGAUGCGUUAGUGUUGGAAUACACUAAGGAUGGAAGAAAAGCUCAUGAUAAUACGAUUGGCGUUACAACAAACUCACCUCCGUAUGAUUUUCACAUAAUGAAUAUCAAAAACUACGUAACGUUAUCGAAGUUUUCUUCAAAGAAUCUAAGAUUUGGUGAUGUUGUGUUUACUCCAGCGGGUAUUGGCAGUGGAUUACUUGGUGUACCAGGAGAUUUUACACCUCCUUCAAGAUUUAUUCGCAUGGCUUCUCUCCUGCAUUUCUCAAACCAACCAAACACAACAGAUGAAGCGCUUAAGCUGACUUAUCACUUGUUGAACACUGUUGAUAUUCCAAAGGGUGCUGCGCAGGUUGAAGUAGAACCGGAAGAAGGUCAUUAUGAUUACACACAGUGGGUUGUGAUGAAAGAUUUAAAGAACCAAGUUAUUUACCUCCGUUUUUAUGACGACUUUACGUUUAAAACAUUUGAUUUAAAGACAAUGAAGCCAUUGACAUCUGGGGUUGUUUCGUGCUUCCAAUCUUCGUUAACUCGGAUUUUUAUUGUGUUUUUUCUUGUGAUUGCUUUGUUCUGAAAUUUCAGUAAAUAUGAUUGUUAUACGUUGUUUCUGCUCGUGCGUCUUAGUCUUUUUAUUGCAUUUGCUGUGAUUGUUGUAGUGUGCAAACAUUUAUCGUAGAACAGGUGUUUUUCAGUUUAGCUUGCACAUUUUUUAGAUUUUAAAAACAAUUUUUCUACCAAUAGAUAAACUACUAAA